UGGACAGAGAUCUUAGCCAAUAGACUUUUGAGCUACUCGAGGCAUUGCCAUGGCGGCGACGAUAGCUGUUUUUUCCGGUGGUCUGAAAGUGAAGGCUGGAUUUCUCGCCGUCCAAAUCUCAUUGCUUCCUCUCCGCCGCGAAUUCCCUCGUUACUUGUCGUAUUCGUCGAAGAGGACGACAGUAGCGGCAAUCUCCUCAUCUCUUCGAGUCUCCGCCGUUUAUAACCAUCAGCAGCGUAAUCGAAGCUCUUGGCCUCGAGUUGCUACUUUCUGUACGGCGGCUCCAGAUGCAGGCACGACGGUCUCAGCGGAUGAAUCGGAGAAGAAGAGCGAAUCUCCGAAGGAGGAGGAAAAUGUGAAGGAGACGGCGAAUCUGUUAGAUAUUAAAGUAGGAAGAAUCGUGAAAGCUUGGCAACACGAAGAAGCUGAUUCUCUGUAUGUUGAAGAAGUCGACAUCGGUGAAGCUGAGCCCAGAAUCAUCUGUAGUGGUCUCGUCAAAUAUGUUCCUCUUGAUCUCCUUCAGGGUGCAUCAGUGGUGGUACUGGCUAAUCUGAAGCCGAGGAAUAUGAGAGGGGUUAAGUCAUGUGGUAUGCUUCUGGCUGCAUCUGACGCAGCUCAUGAGAAUGUUGAGCUUCUUGUUCCACCAGAAGGCUCUGUUCCUGGAGAUAGAGUGUGGUUUGGUAACGAAGAAGAUCUCGAGCAGCUUCCUGAACCUGCACCUCCUAAUAAGGUUCAAAAGAAGAAGAUGUGGGAAUCGGUGCAACCGCUUUUGAAGACGGAUGCGUCUGGCGUUUCGAUGCUUAAGGAGCAUUUGAUGCGGACAUCUUCUGGUCUUGUUACUUCCAAGUCUUUACGAAAUGCCAACAUUUCUUGAUUUCUAUUAAAAGCUAUUUUAAGAU